ACCGCGUCGCGACGCGACUGGCGGGGCACAGGGGCAGGGAAGCCGCUGUUUACAGCAGGCAUUGGCCCUAACCCUGACUCCAUCCAAUCUUUGGCGCGAAGAAGUCGGCAAAGCACGGGCCGAACCGCAGCUCGAGAUCGAGGAUCUCGCAGGUUGCAAAGCACAGCAAAAGCGGGCUCAAUUGCUGCCAUUGCAGGAGAAUAGGCCUUCAUACCAGGUGGAUGGCCACACGAUCUUCCAACACUCUCCGAACGCCGUAGACCCCAACACCCUCCUCCGCCCCCUCUGCUCCUAGGAGCUCCGUCCACACCCCAACCCCCGUCUAAGCUCUUCCCAACAUGCCAACACCACAACCACCGACCCGGGACCAGGGCCCGGCGGACCCCAACCGCUCAUGGCUCCAACAAACCGAGGCAACCCCUCCUCAAACAUCUCAAGACCAAGCGCAACCACACCCACCACAACCCCAAACCCCCCCGCAACCCGGCGACGGCCGCCCACGCCGACCCACACUAAGCGAAGCCGCGCAGAGCAUCAAGCCAGGGGAUUUCCUCACCUUCCACCAAGCGCCGUGCGCGCGGUCGGGCUUGCUGACGGGGAUCGGGGCCGGGGCGGCGAUGGGCGGGAUACGGUGGAUCAUGGGGUUGCCGAUCCCGCGGGCGGCGAACUGGGCGGUGGGCGCGGGGGCGCUCGGGGCGAUCGCGCAGUACGAGUACUGCCAGCUGAAGCGGAUGCAGGAGCGGGAGAAGGUGAAGCGGGUGGUGGAGGUGUACGCGGCGAAGCAGGCGCGGGAGAAGAGGGAGAAGUAUGAGGAGGAGAAGAGGGAGAGGGAGAGGGGGGAGGAGGAGAUGGCGGCGAGGAAAGGGGGGUGGUGGCGGUUUUGGUAGGUUGGUAGGGAGGGGG